UUUUACGUCUAAACACUACAAGGCAUAUUUUUGUAGAACCAUUUGUCGAUGCCACCAGAGUGUUACGUAAUAAAGUAUAAAAAAUGGCCAAGUAAUAAAGUCAAAAAAUGCCAAUUUAUAUCAUAUAAAUGUAAGGGUAAAAAUGUAACUAUGCUACACAAACUAACGGUGUUAGAGAUUUGAGGGUUGACCGUUAAGUUAAUGGGUCAUUUUGUCGAAUUUUGUAGUACAUGGAGUAUAUGCGACGCUGGUAAUAGUAGGGGGUGCACUUUGUAUUUAACCCUAUAAGGUUUACAUGUAUCUUUUUUAAUUUCCAAGACUAAAUUGCAGGACAAAAGCUUGCUACUGGCAUAAUUAUAGUAGGUAAAAUACUUUUACUUCUCACUCCAUUUUCUUCAUUUUGACUUAUUAUAUAUAUGUUUACAUUAUUACAUACGAGCUAGCUUUUAUGUAUAUCCUACCACUAUAUGCAGUGGUUCUACUUACUGUAACCGGUGCGGUUAUAGUGUUCAUUGUCAUAUGCUUCUACCUCAAAAGACGACAUUCGCGAGCUGGCUCUAACCAGAAAUAUAACCAAGAUGUCGAAAGUAUUCUAGUCCAACAUGGAAUUUUGGCUCCAAAAAGAUACAAAUAUUCAGAGAUCAAGAAAAUGACCAAAUCUUUCAAUGAGAAACUUGGUAAAGGAGGAUAUGGUAGUGUCUACAAAGGUGUACUCCCUGAUGGAUCCCUUGUUGCGGUCAAGGUUUUGAUCGAAACCGAUAGCAAUGGAGAAGAAUUCAUUAAUGAAGUAGCUAGUAUCAGUAGAACCGCGCAUGUUAAUAUUGUCAAUCUCUUGGGAUUUUCCUUUAAUCAAAAUAAGAGAGCAUUAGUGUACGAAUAUAUGCCAAAGAAAUCUUUGGACAAGUUUUUGAUAAAUGAUUGUCCAUUAGAUUUGGACAAAUUGUGCAAGAUUGCAGUUGGAGUUGCCAAAGGUUUGGAAUAUCUGCACACGGGGUGCAAUACUAGGAUAGUUCAUUUCGAUAUUAAGCCUCAGAACAUUCUAUUAGACGAGGAUUUUUGUCCAAAAAUAUCAGAUUUUGGGCUUGCUAAACUGUGCAAGAAGAAGCAGAGUAUAGUAUCGAUGCUUGGAGCAAGAGGCACAAUUGGGUACAUUGCUCCAGAAAUAUUCUCCAGAAAUUUCGGAGGAGCUUCUCAUAAAUCUGAUGUCUAUAGCUAUGGAAUGAUGGUUCUUGAAAUGGCUGGAGCCAGAAAUUUUGUCGAAAAUGAAGCAAUUCAAUCGAGUGAGAGCUAUUUUCCUGACAAAAUCUAUGAGCAUGUAGUUGAUGUCACCAAGAAAUUAGACGAUAUUAUGAUUGACAACGAAGAACAAAUUGUAAGGAACAAAAUGUUUUUGGUCGGAUUUUGGUGCAUUCAGACAUCUCCAUCGGAUAGGCCACCGAUGUCAAAGGUUAUUGAAAUGUUAGAAGGAAGUAUAGAGUCCAUACUAAUUCCUCCAAAGCCAGUUCUGUGGAAUGCUAGAGUUUCGGAUAAAGAAAUUUCCUCAUGUUCAUCAUAUGUAGAGAGAGAAAAUUCAACUCAAGAUUAAGUAUUGAUUUUGAAUCACAUAAAAUCACCUGAAAUAUCUAGAAUGAUGCAUGAUAUGAAUUUUCUCGAAUGUUAUAAACGAUACACUUUUAUAGAUAGUCUCCCUCUUUUCCUCUAAUUGUAACUUAGUAAGGGGUUUUUCUAUUUUUUUCUUCAAUUAACUUUUAAAAGGAUGUAGCAUUUUGUCCAUCGUUGUAG